AUGGCAGACACAAAAUCAAAGGCUCCGGUCUCGACGCAAACCAAUGCCCGCGGAAUCCCAGUGGCUCCCUUUGUCGACAAUGUCAGCGACUAUGUCUCCAGUCGGGAAGAUGUUGAGCCCACAUUGCGCUCCUUCCAGGAGAUGAUCUCCAAGUAUCAGUUCAUGGAGGUGAACACCCAACGGCGCGGGCAGGGACUGCGCGAGAAGAUCCCCGAUAUUCAAAAGACACUCGAGAUGGUGCGCUUUCUAAAGAUGCGCAAACAGUCCAGCUCAGACGCCGACCUCGAAACCAACUUUGAACUCAACGACACUCUUUACGCUCGCGCAUCCGUCUCCACUGCAGAUAUGGAAGAAGUCUAUCUGUGGCUCGGUGCCAAUGUGAUGCUGGCCUACCCACUAGACGAGGCCGAGACAAUGUUGUCGGAGAAAUUGGAAGCCGCCGAGUCAAGUCUGUUUAACUGCGAGGAGGACCUGGAAUUCUUGCGCGAGCAGAUCACGACCCUGGAAGUUGCAACGGCGCGAGUGUAUAAUUGGGAUGUGGUCCAACGGCGAAAAGACAAGGCUGAAGGAAAGGACACGAAAUAG